AUGGGCAACUAUUCCGUGUAUUUCCUUCUGAACAAUAACGGGAUCCAGACAAACUGCUCGGUGUACUCCUUGACCUCGGGCUCGCUACGAUUCCAGGAGUACUUCACCGGCGGGUGGCUGGGGAACAUCACGCUGGGUUUUCUCCCGGCGUACUACGUGACCAACUGCUCGAUUCCCGAUCUCCAGCAGCAGAUCGCCAACAUCCUGUUCAACGAGACAGACUUGGAACGAUGGCUACGGGAUUACCACAACAACCCUUAUAACGUUGCAGACAACGGCGACGCCUUUGUGGCUUUGCUCUUUAUGAUUCUGGGACUGUGUGUCCUGUGCUGGAUGCUCAUUCUCUUGUUUUUGCUUUCCCCAAAGUAUAAGCGGAAGCCGAUAAUGACACAGAUUGCUACGGGCGUCUACUCCAUUGUCCUUACCAUCCUUUUGGCCCAGGUGACCUUGCUGGCCCGCAAAGAGUACUACAAAGACUGCUUGGACAUGAUCCAUAUUCUCUCGCUCGUGAACGAUAAGCAAAAGUACCCGAUUGCCUUGAUCAUUCUGCAGUUCCUCACAUGCUUGGCCUUCUUCCAGCUUGUAGUGAAGAUGACCAAGCAGCGAUACAAGUUCUACAACGGCCUUAUUGGUGCCUGCCUAAUUGUAAUGUACAUUAUAGUCGAUGCAGUGGACUUGGGCAUGCUGAGAAACUAUUUUGAGCGCAUGGCUCAUAAACAAAACGAGUUCAGAGCUAUCUUCACCGUGGUACUCAAGCUCUUAUUCAUGAUCUGGAUAUGCAUCACCCUUGGUUACCACACAUUCAAAGGAACUGCCUCCAGCCCUAGACAAGUGUCUUACUCAAGAAGACUAUUGCCAUUGGCAGUGUUCACAUGGUUUAUGCUUGGUCUCCACAUCAUCAUCACUAUUUUGAUUGCGAGCUUGUGGGAGAACAAAUGGCUUGUCACAUCAUGGAUAACAUUCUUGCCUUAUCUCCUCGAAAUGUACAUUCUCACCACCGCGUGGGAAUGGUUCUACUCCAUUCGCGACUUGGAGCUGAGACUUGAGCUUAUUUCCAUGCUUGGAAGGAAGAUUUCGUUGGAUGAUGUCAUGACUUUUAGCAACGCAUACUUCUCGAAGCCAAUGUCGUUCCUCAAUUGGCUCUCGACACUUUGGAACAUGAUAAGAUGUAAGACUGUGCCCGUUGACAACGAUGCGAAGGACAUGGCCACGAGCACAUUCAGUGAGUCCACUUCGACUGCAGUGAACCACUCGCCCCCGGGUACGCUGAAUGCUACAAGAGACCAAGAUAUUGAUCUCGGUGAGGCCCAUGUGGGCCAAGCUCGUAACACACUAUACUUUGACAGUGUUGGAAACGAGCAAGAUGACGACGACAAUGAUCACGACGACGACAGUGAUGGUGAAGGCUAUGAAGUUCACUACGUUGAAGAUGACGAUGUUUGGGAGCAAGCCAGAGCACAAAAUUCUAACCUACCCACCUCACAAACAAAUGACACUCAAGAAAUGACCCAAGAGGGGCCUUACUCUAGACAAGAUGAUGUACUUGGCACACAAACUCACGAUGACUACAAUGAUAAUGAUGACACGAAUAAUGACGCCUCUCUCCCACCGUUCCAGCCGCUUCCUGGAUUCAGCAGAGACGACUACUGGGAUGAGAAAUAA